AUGCAGGGUCUGAGCUCCCGGGCUCACGCGUUUUCGGUGGAAGCGCUGGUCGGGAAGCCCUGCAAGAGGAUGAAGUUGUCGGAGGGACACGAGUCAAGUUCAGCUGGUGACACGAGCAUCUUCACCGGCCUGAACGAAUAUCCUGUCAGCCAGAUGAAGACAGCGGGUUCAACACCGAGGAGGGCAGAGGACUCGUCCUGUGACCCGGAGAGACGGGCCGUCCGGUCAGAGGCUGAGGAGGCUGAGCCCAGCGGAGAGGAGAGCAGGCCGGAGCAGAGCGACUGCCGCCCGGACAGAGACAGAGAGGUCCGGGCGGAGCUGCAGGGCUCCGAGCUGUGGAAGAGAUUCUACGAGAUCGGCACGGAGAUGAUCAUCACCAAAGCUGGCAGGAGGAUGUUCCCCUCCGUGCGCGUUAAAGUGCGCAACCUGGACCCGUGCCAGCAGUACUACAUCGCAAUGGACGUCAUGCCCGUGGACUCAAAACGCUACAGGUAUGUGUACCACAGCUCGCAGUGGAUGGUGGCCGGAAACACGGACCACUCGUGCAUCUCUCCCCGGCUCUACGUGCACCCGGACUCGCCCUGCGCAGGAGAGACGUGGAUGCGUCAGGUCAUCAGCUUUGAUCGAGUCAAACUCACCAACAACGAGAUGGACGAUAAGGGGCAUAUUAUUCUCCAGUCGAUGCAUAAAUACAAGCCACGUGUGCACGUCAUCCGGCACGACCCUCGCAUGGACUUGUCCCAGAUCCAGUCGCUGCCUGCUGAAGGAGUCCACAGCUUCUCCUUCCCAGAGACGGAGUUCACCACAGUCACGGCUUAUCAGAACCAGCAGAUCACGAAACUGAAGAUUGACAGAAACCCGUUUGCCAAGGGCUUCAGAGAUCCAGGAAGAAAUAGGGGAGUGUUGGAUGGCUUGUUGGAGUCGUAUCCCUGGAGAGGCCCUCUCAGCUUCGACUUCAAGCCAUUUGCCAUACAGCUCCAAGGGGGCCCGGGCUCGCCGACCAGCAGUGUGAAGACUCUCCUGCCCCUCUCCUCUUCCGCAUCCCUUCAUCCGUUCUCCGUCUCUGCGCUCUCCUGCCAGGACGCCGCUCUGCAUGCCUUCGCUCUUCCCCUCCAUGGCAAGACUCCCACCUCCUUACCCGCCUCCCCGCUGCCCAGCAGGGCCUUCUCCUCCCUGGGAGCAGACAGACUGAGAGGCCUGCCCCCGUUGUCUCCGCUAACAGACCUCUCGCUCUUCUCGGCGCUGCAGGCAAAGACCCCCCACUGGAGGGACCCUUGUCUUCACGGGUCUCCGGGGAGCUCCCCCUGCCUCUUCCCCCUCCACAGCCCCCUCAGCCCUCAGGGGCCGUCUCUGCUCCCUCAUCUCUCUGACACUGCAGGCCCUUACUGUCUUUACCGCUACAGCUUCCCCCUGAACCCCCAACUCACAGCCAUUUCCCGGCACGCCAAACUAGCCGAAAACACCACAGACUGUCUGCUGCGCCAGUCUCCGUGGCACCCGACCACCAACCACUGCCUCUGA